AUGGACAGAAGACUCAACAUUACCCCAGAAGCCUUCAACCAGCUGUUGAAUGAACACAACAUGAGCAGACUGGAGUUCAUCUCAGCUUAUGGUCUGAAACCUUUGGUCUACAUCCCAGAGCUGCCCCUCAAUGCCAAGGUCAUCUUCUUGGUGCUGUAUGUCAUCAUCUUUAUCUUGGCUCUGUUUGGAAACAGCCUCGUGGUUUAUAUCAUUAUAAGGAAAAAGGCAAUGAGGACCGUUACCAAUGUCUUCAUCUGUUCUCUGGCUUGCAGUGACUUGCUCGUAACUUUCUUCUGCAUACCUUUCACUCUGCUGCAGAAUGUCUCCUCUGAGUGGCUGGGAGGACCCUUUGUUUGCAAAAUGGUGCCAUUUAUUCAGACCACUGCUGUGGUGGCCAGUACACUGACUAUGACCUGCAUAGCACUGGAGAGAUAUCAAGGAAUUGUGCACCCACUAAAAAUGAAGAGGCAAUAUACCAACAGGAGAGCCUACAUGAUGCUUGGUUGUGUUUGGACCAUUGCUGUGGUGGUCGGAUCACCAAUGCUACAUGUGCAAACACUGGAGGUGAAAUAUGACUUACUGUACAACUUGGACCAUGUCUGCUGCCUGGAAACCUGGAGUGAUACUGGUCUACAAAGGGCUUAUGCAAUCUUCAUUCUAGUGGCCCUAUUCCUAGUUCCUCUUACAGCCAUGCUGCUACUAUACUUUCGCAUUGGAUAUGAACUGUGGAUCAAGAAACGCGUUGGUGAUUGUUCUGUGCUGAGCACAUUGAGUCGUAAUGAAAUGGCGAAGAUAACCAGAAAGAAGAAGCGCGCUGUGAUGAUGAUGGUUAUUGUCGUCCUAUUCUUCACUGCAUGCUGGGCUCCGUUUCAUGUGGUCCACAUUCUUUUUGAAUACAAUGACCUGGAGGAGGAGUAUGAUGAUGUGACGGUAAAAAUGAUUGUGGCUACUGUGCAAGCAGUGGGAUUUUUUAACUCCUUCAACAAUCCCGUGGUUUACACCUUCAUGAAUGAAAAUUUUAAGAAGAGUUUGGUGGCUGUGCUCUUUUGUCGCUUACGAGCACAAGAUCCAGUGGACAAGAGAGACAGUCAACACUCAGAUAAACCUAAAGCUGGAGCUUCUGCUUUCCCCAGUAGGAAAGAUGGACGCAGUGCCCAUAGCCAUCUCAGUGCUGAGAACUUGGAACUGCGGUUGUGUGAGCAGUUUCCAGCUGCCAAACUAGAAUCUAUUACUUACCCUCUUGUGAACUCUCACAACGACCUUCUUCCAAAUGGUCAAUCAGCAUGA